CUUCUUUUAUUUUUUUUUUUUCCUUCUUUGGAGAAGCUGAUUUCCUUCGGCAAGUGGGGGACGGUGGAGAAAAUGAAGCCGAGUCUGCGAUUUUUCUUAGCUGGUUUUCUGUCUUUCAUUCUGCAGACGGGGCUUUGCUAUGGGAUAAAAUGGAUAGCUCUGUCCAAGACUCCUUCGGCUUUGGCCCUGAAUCAAACCCAGCACUGCAAGCAGCUCGAAGGCUUGGUGGUUUCCCAGGUGCAGCUGUGCCGCAGCAACCUGGAGCUAAUGCAGACCAUCAUCCAGGCAGCACGGGAAGUGAUAAAGACCUGCCGUAAAACUUUCUCAGACAUGCGGUGGAACUGCUCUUCCAUUGAGCUGGCUCCUAACUACCUGCUGGACUUAGAGAGAGGCACAAGGGAGUCAGCAUUUGUGUAUGCCCUUUCUGCUGCUGCCAUCAGCCACACCAUUGCCAGAGCCUGCACCACCGGGGACCUCCCUGGCUGUUCCUGUGGUCCCAUCCCAGGUGAGACACCUGGACCUGGGUAUCGAUGGGGAGGAUGUGCAGACAACCUCAACUAUGGUCUUAUCAUGGGGUCCAAAUUUUCAGAUGCUCCCAUGAAGAUGAAAAAAUCAGGAUCACAAGCCAAUAAACUGAUGCAUCUGCACAACAGUGAAGUAGGGAGACAGGUCUUGAAAGCCUCUCUUGAAAUGAAAUGUAAGUGCCAUGGAGUUUCUGGGUCAUGCUCUAUCAAGACCUGUUGGAAAGGCCUUCAAGAGCUGCGAGACAUUGCAUUGGACCUCAAAAACAAGUAUUUAUCAGCCACCAAGGUCGUUCACCGGCCCAUGGGCACACGCAAAUACCUCGUGCCAAAGGAUAUUGAUAUCAGGCCGGUUAAAGAGACAGAGCUGAUUUACCUGCAGAGCUCGCCCGAUUUCUGCAUGAAGAAUGAGAAAGUGGGGUCACAUGGGACCCAGGACAGGCAAUGCAACAAGACCUCCAAUGGGAGCGACAGCUGCGACUUGAUGUGCUGCGGCCGAGGCUACAACCCCUACAUGGACAAAGUGGUGGAGCGAUGCCACUGCAAGUACCACUGGUGCUGCUACGUGACCUGUAAAAAGUGUGAGCGGACUGUCGAGAGAUACGUGUGCAAAUGAAAACCCUCCUCUCUCCGCCCGGGAGCUGAGACACCGGCGGCAACCCCAGCACUGUCCAGAGAAGAGAAAACAUUUCCCCGACUAGACAUCGUUUAUCUUGUAAAGACACAGACUUGAAGAAAGAUGGUAGGAGGGAAAAAAAAAACAACAGUCAAACUGGUAAAAAUAAGACCCUUAAAAAAACCCCAAACCACCAACCCACGAAUGUUUCCCCCCACCAAUAAAACACUCUCUGAGAAGACAAAAACUCAUUUGGGAUAGUAUCUUCUUCCAUA